AUGUAUAGAUAUCGUAGAAAUGUUAGUGUUCAUUUAUCUUUUUUUAUUCGACAACAAUUUUGGCCUAUAUUUAUUCCAUCGAUAGCUAUUUUGUUUCUUACAUAUUGCCCACAAUUAUCUCAAUCAAUUCAAAUAAAUACUAGUGAUUAUAAUCAACAUAUUGAAAAUUCUGAUAGAACAGUAGCAAAACUUGGUUCACGUGACAUUAUAUUAACAACAACAGUAUCACCUAUACCACUUUCGAUACCUUUAGCAUCGUCAGCACCAUCGACUUCAGGUUUUGAUGACUCAAUUCAUACUUUAUAUGUAAUAUCUUUGGAUGGCAAAAUCACUGCACUUAAUGCUCAUGAAAAUGGUCGUCAAAUUUGGACAGCUGAUAUUGGUGCACCAUUAGUUGAAUCAAGUUUAAGUAAAAUUGAAAUACCUCGUGAUUCACGAUCAGUUCGUCUUAUUCCAUCACUUAUUGGUGGUCUUUAUGAAAAAUAUGAAGAAGAUGGACAUAUUGAACCUUUACCAUUGGAUGCUGAUGCGUUACUUGAUGCAUCAUUUAAACUUCAUGAUGAAUUAGUUAUAAAUGGUGGAAAACAUAUCGAUACACUUGGUCUUGAUUUACAAACAGGACAAAUACUUUAUUCAUUUUUAAAAGAUGAUUCAAAAGAACAGAAUACUCUAAAUAGUAAUCGAACAACAACAUCUACAGAUAAUAAUGAUCAUAAAUCAACAUUAGUUAUUAAACGAAUAACACAAACUGUAAAAGCACGAAGUGCUCGAAAUGGAUAUGAAAAAUGGAAUUUCAGUGUUUCAAAUAAUGAAUUACUUUAUUUACGUGCUCAAUCGGCUCCUGUUGUUUUUGGACAAGUUGAUAUUCACAGUAACCCUGAAACAACAUUUUCCGGUUAUUUUCAAUAUCAAUUACAAACUGGUGUUGUAUUAGCAUUUGAUAAAACAGGUCAUUCAAUUUGGUCGUCAGCAAUCAAUGCACCAAUUGCUGCUGUAUGGGAAUUAAAAAAUGGUGAAUUAAAAGAAAAAUCUUUAUUUGAUACAACAAUAGAAACAAAUGAUCUGCCAAAAGAUAUAAAUUUAGAAGAAGAAGAUCUGCCUCCACCACCUCUAUCACGUCGUUUAGCAUUUAUCGGAGAAUUUAAUUCAACACCAUAUGUAAUUGUAUCACCGAAAGUUCAAAAAGAAUUGAUUUAUGACGCUAAAAGAAAAAAUGUUCCUGGAUCAAUUGGUCAUAGAGGAGGACCCGUUUUAUCUUCUUGGCAUAAAGCUUAUCAAAAACGUACAUUAUCAAUUGGUUCUGAAAUAACUGAAGAGAAUUAUCAACGAACUAUUGGUAUGCCAGCAUCGGAAAAUAAUUAUCCAUUAGCUUUACGACCUGACCCUACGGGACAUCAUCAACCGCAUGCAUCUGCAGCAUCUGUUGUUGAAACAUGUGAUACAGCUGGUUAUUUGGAAUUAAUUCCUUAUCCAGCUGAUUAUCUUAUUGAGGAAGAAAAUAAUAAAAAUAAUUUAAUAAAUAAUUUAAAUACUCAUUCAAAUAUGAAUCUGUCAGGAAAUCCAGUAGCAAUUUCAACUGUUGUAUUUGGUGCUUUGAUUAUUAUGUUUUAUUGGUACUAUAAACAUAAGCAAACAAAAAUUUUACGUCAACAAUCUCUGUUGAUGUCACAAAGUAGUACUAGUUUAUCAAUGACGCCACCAUCAACACCAGAAUAUCAUCAAUUAGAACAACCAUUAACAGCAACAACACCACCGUUUCAAUCAAGAUAUACACUUGAAUAUGAACAUGUUCGAUUUCUUGGUCGUGGUGGAUUUGGUGUUGUAUUUGAAGCAAUUAAUAAACUAGAUGAAAGACGUGUUGCAAUUAAACGUGUAUCACUGAAAAAAGCAUCUGGAAAAGAACGUGCAUUAAAAGAAAUUCGAUAUUUAGCUGUUUUAAAUCAUCCAAAUUUAAUUCAGUAUUAUUAUGCUUGGAAUGAAAGUCCACCCAUUGGAUGGCAAGAAGAAGAAGAUAAAACAUUAUUAGUCAGAAAUAGUACUAAUAAUAGAGAUUCAAUAAGCACAUUUCCAACAUCAGCAGCAUCAGGAAAUGAUAGUGAAUCUAUAAAUCAAGGUAGAUCUCCUAGACAAUCGUCUGUCUCAGCUGUAUAUGCAAUGAAACCUUCCACUACUACCUCUCCACCGCCAUUAUUCGAAAUAACAUUUGAUCGUUCUUCAAAUCCACUUCGUAUUGAUGAAGAUUUCUCUGCUAAUAGUAUUAAUAAUAAUAAUAAUGAUAAAUCUGAAAUAAGUUCAACUACAUCAUCAUCAUCAUUAACAACAUCAUCAUCUGAUGAAAAAACUAAUCAUUUAGAUGCAAAUAAUAAUAAUAAAUCUAAAAAACCAAUUCGUUUAUCAGUAACAAAAAGUUCGUUCUCAUCUUCAUCUCCAUUUUUUGAUCAUUCAUCUGAUUCAUCAUUAUUAUUAUCACAUGAUGAACAUCUACCAAAUAAAGAUAAUACAGAAAGUGAUGAUGGAAUUGUAUUUUUACAUGAUGCUAAACGUUCACCAUCGUCAUCAUCAUUAAUUCCAAUUCAAACAACGAAAUCUUUAACUGAAAAACCAAAAAUAAUUAUGAAUGAAAAGGAUACUCCAAUAACUUUUUUUUAUUUUGUUAUGGAAUUAUGUCAACCUGAAUCAUUACGUGAUCGAUUAAUACAACGAAGUAUUGAUCGACCUCAAGCAUGGUCAAUUUUUGAUCAAAUUAUUAAGGGUAUUGAAUAUAUACAUUCACAAAAAUUGAUUCAUCGUGAUUUAAAACCAUCCAAUAUUCUUUUCUCAUUGGAUAAUACAGUGAAAAUAGGUGACUUCGGACUUGUAUCUGCUUUUGGUGAAGAUAAAUUGGCUAAAAAGAAAAAACGUGAUGAUGAAAAAAUUGAUUCAAUACCACCAAUUGAAACAAUAUCAUCAACAACAGAUGGUGGUGGUAAUAAUGAACUUGGUGGUACAAUACUUUAUAUGAGUCCAGAACAGAUGCAUCGUGAACCAUACAAUCAAAAAGUUGAUAUCUAUGCCAUGGGUAUUAUACUAUUUGAACUUGUUUAUCCAUUUUCUACACAAAUGGAACGUAUGCAAGCAAUAGCAAAUGUUCGUCUUGAGAACCCAGUAUUUCCCAUUGAUUUCGAACAUGAUCCUAGUAAUCGUAAUCGUAAUCAAUUAAUUUGUCGUUUAAUCCGUUGGUUAUUAUCAUAUUCUCCACAUAAACGUCCACGAGCAAGUGAAUUACGUCAAGAUACAUUUUAUCAAACAAUGUUACAACUUGAAAUACCACAUUUAUUGUCUCCUGAUAAUCGUCAACACAAUCAAACGAUUGUUAAUGGACAAGAUCAAACACCUGUAUGUCAACAGCAACAACGUGGUCGAUUAUCAUCAUCAUCACCAUUUCGUCGAACUAUGUCAUCAUCAGCUUUACAAUCUUUUAGAGAAUCCGAAUCAGGAGAUAUGGAAUGUGCAUCAUAG